CUGUGUGUGUGCCAAUGUGUGUGCGCCAGUGUCACUGUGUGUGUGCCAAUGUGUCACUGUGUGUAUGCCAAUGUGUCACUGUGUGUCAGUGUGUCACUGUGUAUGCCAAUGUGUCACUGUGUGUGUGCCACUGUGUGUGUUAUUGUGUGUCAGUGUGUGCCACUGUGUAUGCCAAUGUGUGUGUGUCAGAUAUACAGUGUCAGUACAGACAUGGGCAAACAAACAUACACACACACAGACAGUAACACAUUAAUGUAGUAGAUGAGGCUGAAAACACACAUGACCAAGUCCCACAUCACUGAGCAAGUGAAACCCACCCGACAGCUUGAGAGCCAUUGGGCAGCCUGCCUGCCUGCCUGCCAGGGUAUGGGGCCCUCCGUCCGGAAAAACUGCCAGAUGUUGUCAGAGCACCUCCCCACUAGGAAAUGGCUCCACCCAUCUGCAGUCCCUUUGUCAGCGUCUCGAGGAGACCAACAGCGCUUUACUGGGGAGGAUGAUGGAGGAAGAAGAGCAGGCCAUGAAGAGCGCUUCCCAGCAGUUGGGGCAGUACUGGAAGGCGGGGAAUAAUGCCCAGGCAGUGCUCUCAUGGAGAGAGCGUCUGAAGCGAGACUCACAGAAGGAUCUACAGAAAGUGAGAGAGCAAGGAAAAGUACGUGUGCAAGGGCUCCGGCUUCAGAUUGAGGCCUGUGAUGAGAAGCUGCUCAGAGCUCAGGAGGAAGUGCAGCGGCUCAGAGAGUACAAGGACAGACAGAGGCCGACGUUCCUACUACAGAUUGCAGCUUUACAGCGCCAGAUACUCAGACUAUCCCAGACUAAUAAGGAGCAAGAGGCUGACACUGAGCUUUUAGCUGACACAGAGAUACAGAAAUGUUUGGAGAAGCAUCAGAAGCUGCAGUUUCAAGCCUUGCAGAAAAUAGCAGAUUCUCCCAUUGCACAGAUCCCUCUCUCUCUCAGGAGGAUGUGUCUGGAGAAUCACAGAAUGAAGCAACAAAUCUACAUGUACAAACAGGAGAUGGGGCACUUACAGGAGCAGAUUUCAAAGCUUCAGCACAUGGGAAAUGAUCUACAGAAUUGUUGGGUUUAUGAGACAAGGAGCGCCUGGAAAAUGCUGGUGGAGAAGAGUUGCAGAUGCGCUCCUAAUGAUGACUUUGUACUGGACUUGCCUAUAUGAUUAUGAUGGGAGGAGGUGAGAGGCCCCCCGACAGCCCCCACAGACACAAUUUCAAGACCCCUUUGUUAUGACACAACAUGUUGGGGACCUCUGAUUGGAUGUAGGGGGUUGUCCCUGGGUACAGCUGUAUGGCACACACCUACUGAAUUCUCAGUCACAAGUAAAGUCACUUUGUACUGUCA